AAGGAAAAAUUAGAAUUCCAAAUAAAAUCUUUCUCUCUCCCUUCAUCUUUCCUCUCCCUUUCUUUCUACUUCAUCGAUCCCUAAUUCGUCAAUUUUAAGGGAGGAGAUCGAGGUUGAAUCGGUGAUAAUCAACCAUGUUUACCAGGCUUUUUGGGAAACCUAAGCAGGAAACAAAUGCCCUGACCACGUUAGACAAAUUAAACGAGACCCUUGAAAUGCUGGAGAAAAAGGAGAAAGUGCUAGCCAAAAAGGCUGCUGCUGAGGUUGAAAAGGCUAAGGAACAAGCCAAAUUAAGGAACAAGAAAGGGGCUAUACAGUGUUUGAAGAGGAAGAGACUAUAUGAACAACAGAUAGAACAACUUGGAAAUUUCCAGUUGCGCAUUCAUGAUCAAAUGAUCAUGCUAGAAGGUGCAAAAGCCACCACUGAGACUGUAGAUGCAUUGAGAACAGGGGCAUCUGCAAUGAAGGCCAUGCAGAAAGCAACGAAUAUAGAUGAUGUGGACAAGACCAUGGAUGAGAUUAAUGAACAAACAGAGAACAUGAAGCAAAUUCAAGAAGCUCUGUCAACGCCCAUUGGAGCAGCAGCCGAUUUUGAUGAGGAUGAAUUAGAAGCAGAACUUGAAGAACUUGAGGGAGCUGAGUUGGAAGAACAACUUCUUCAACCUGCAACAACUGCUCCUGCAGCUCCAGUGCAGGUUCCUGCUGGCAGGCAACCAGCUCGUCCUGCUCCUCAAAGGCGCACAGAGGAGGAAGAUGAACUUGCUGCCUUGCAGGCUGAGAUGGCACUUUAAGGCAUUUAGACUUAAUUUCGAUGUUCAGACCAUUGGCUGUCAUGCUGGGCAACGUGCAAGAGUGUUUAAUGGCAUACUGUAUCAUUUUCAUGUCCUACUUCGAAGGUUUGCAUUUAAUCGUUUGACAGACAAUGUACAUAAAGAUUGCAUGAACCACCUCCCCUAUUUGUAUUCUACAUCAUGGAGUUUGUUUGUCCAGUAUUGGAUCUUCAUUUUCUUUUCUCAGUUGGAACUUCUUGUUCUACUAUGAAUCCAAUCCCGAAAUAGCCUUUUCAAUCACUGUU